AUGAGUCAAGUAUUCAUCUAUGUUCCUCCCCGAGUCUUCUUCUAUAUUCCUUACUGCACGCCAAUCGCACCCAACAAAGUCUUCGUCAUCUUUGGUUCUCUCAUGUCGCUGGUCGAGAUUUUCAACGGGUUGGGUGUCGCAUUCAGCUCAAACGCAACAGGUAAUGAACAAAAUGCAGGAAGGAUCUUAGUCCUGACCUCCCUAUCGAUUCAAAUUUGCGUGAUCCUCAGCUUUUUCGUGAUUACAGACAUUUUCUGGUACCGCAUGGCGCUUAUUUUCAUCCGCUGCAUCUACCGUUUAGUAGAACAUGCUGGCCAAACAACUAUCGACUUAACGAACAUUGAGGAGGAAAAUCAAGACUCUGCCCUGGAGCGUUAUGAAUGGGGCUUCUGGGUCUUUGAGGGAGCUACCAUGCUUGCCAACUCGCUUUUAUGGAAUCUAUUCAAUCCUGGUCGCUUUUGGUCGCUUUUUGCCCCGCUCGACUGA